AUGUCUGAAUUAACAAUUAGUUCUACCAAUUGGCUUGCUAUUUCUCUACAAAAUGGUGCUGCUAUGGUGUUCAAUUUAAAUGAUACACAACAAUGGCAAUAUCUCAAACCUGAAACAAUAACUAAUGAUAAACCAAAAGAAGCGACUGGUACUAAACAAAAAACACAAGACAAUGAUGAUGAUAACACUAGUGAUCUUAAUCGUAAUCUAAUUAAAUUUACACCCGAUGGACAAAAAUUAGCUAUUAAUGGACAAAAUAAACAAAUAUAUAUCUAUAUUCCAUCUAAUAAUGAUAAGACAUAUUGGCAAUUGCAACGAAUAAUAACUGUUAUAAAACGUGCAUCUGCUUUUGAUUUAACAAAUGAAUUUCUUCUUAUAGCUGAUAAAAGUGGUGAUGUUUACAAAACUGAUUUAUCAAAUAAUACUAAUCUCAUUCUUACACCAGAUGAUUGUAUGAUGGGACAUUUAUCAAUGUUACUUGAUAUUGCUUUUAUUCGAACUAAUGACAAUCAACCAUUUAUAUUAACAGCUGAUCGAGAUGAAAAAAUUCGUUUAAGUCAUUAUCCAAAUGCUUAUAAUAUUCAAGGUUACUGUCUCGGACAUACAGAAUUCGUUUCACAUGUGAAAUUAAUUGAUCAAAAUCAUAUUCUUUCAGCUUCAGGCGAUGGUACAUUACGUCUUUGGCAUUUACCUGAUUGUGUAGAACUGAAUGUAUUUGAUUCAAAAAUAUUUACAUCAUCCGCUAAACAAAUAUUCUAUGAACAAUCAUCGAAUAUUGAUGAUAAUCAAUCUCUCUCAAUUAAUCAUUCCAUAUGGAAAAUGGAUAUUACAUCAACAACAUCGGAUGUUUUUAUUGCUUUAUCAAUUUAUGCAUCACGAACUCAUUCGAUCUAUUUAACAACAUUAUCAAAUCUUAAAAAUUCCAAUAAUGAACAACGUAAAAUAACAUUUAAUUCAACUCAUGGUACAAUUAUUGAUUAUUGUUUUUCAUCAAAAAAUCCGACGGAUUUAUAUAUUCUAUUUGAUAGUAACACACUACUUAAAGUGAAUAUUAUUUCAAUACUUUCAUGUGAUAAAAAUGAAUAUUUUGAAGAGAAUAAUAAAUCAAUUAGUACAAUAUUAGCUCGAGAAGAAUUUAAUUUAAUAAAUAAUAUAAAUUCACUUGAAAUUAUAUUUAAACAAUUAUUUAAAAGUCGCGGAGAUCCUGGUGAUAGUUCAUAUUAUAAACGUAAAAAUCAACGAAUUGAAGAACAAGAAGAAAAACGAAAAAAAAAAACAAAGUAA